CAGCGAAGACGACGGCCUAUCAGUCGAGAGUCUGCAGUCGAGGCGUGCGGUUCGUUCGAUUUCCCGGUUCCGGAGGCAAAACAAAUUCAGCAGGCAGUGUAGCUCCUCCUCUGCCGCCACUUGGAGCGACAGUUCCAAAAAAUCUGUCAAACUAUACAUACCUCUGCGCUAUAGAUACCCCUUCGGGUGGAUAGUGCCACAUUCUAUUUAUUUAUAAACCGCCUAUAUUUUUGGAUCAAACUUGAGGCGAAAGCAAAAGUGUUCUAAGAAUUUCUGUGUGUCUAGUGUGAAAAUGCCUUUGCCGAAAUUGUGAUUGUGAAAUCCUCGCGUCUCAAAGUCACACAAGUGAACAUAUAUAAAGAUUCGAUACAGAAAACUAGAUAUAUCCCGCCACAAUGCCGAGCUUCGGCGCUAAAUUCCUCGCCUGCCUGCUGAUCAGCUCGGUGAUCCUGGUCAGCGGCCAGUACGAGCAUUAUUUGGACAGCCUGCGCUCCAACGAGCUGUACGAGUUCGUGGACGACGGCUCGGCCUCGGGCAGCAUCCAAUACCUGCCCAAGGGCGACAGCGAGCGGAUCCUGCUCCAGCUAGAGCAGCCCAUCCACUUCUAUGGCGAACAGUACGAGCAGCUAUACAUCAACACCAACGGCAUCCUCACCUUCAAUGUGGAGUUUGCCGAGUACCUCAAUCAGCCUUUUCCCUUGGAGUAUGCAUCGAUAGCGGCCUUUUACUCCAAUGUGGACACCUCCAACAGUGACGAUGACACCUCCAUCUCGCUCUUCGAGACCAAGGAUCUGCCCACGCUGGACCGUGCCACAUCUCUGGUGCGCUAUGCCUUCAGCAGUCAGGCGGAGUUUGAGGCUCGCCAGGUGAUCGUGGCUACAUGGCGCAAUGUGGGCUACUUUGACUCCAAGACGGACAAGCUGAACACCUUCCAAGUGGCCUUGAUUGUGGGCGAGCAGCAAACCUUUGUGCAGUUCAUCUACCCAGAGCACGGCCUCAACUGGCUGCAGGGCGAAUCCGCUGGCAUGGGCUUACCCGACAUCCGUGCCCAGGCUGGGUUCGUGUCAGAAGAUGGACGUUACUUUACCUUGAAUGGUUCCGGAUCGGAGAAUGCACGCUUCCUCAGCGAGAAUACCAACCUGGGUGUCCCUGGCGUCUGGCUGUUCGAUGUGGCUCCCAUUGAGCCACAACAGAAUGUGAGGACUCCCGACAAUGCUGAGACCCUCACUGAAUCACCUGCCUUGGCUCAGAGUUGCCAGGCCGCUGGUCAUCAGUGCCACGAGCAUGCCCAGUGCCACGACAAGGCCGAGGGGUAUUGCUGCGUCUGCGCCAAUGGAUUCUAUGGCAAUGGAAAGGCCUGCCUGGCCAAUGACCUGCCCAUCCGAGUGACUGGCUCCCUGGCCGGAGAGCUGAACCGCCAGCCCGUCGACGAGCAGGCCAAGCUGCAGUCAUAUGUGGUGACCAUCGAUGGCCGUUCUUACACCACCAUCAACCCGUUGAGCGACGAGCUGGGCGCCAAGCUGCGUCUAGUGCUCCCCCUGCUGACCACCGUUCCCUGGCUAUUCGCCAAGUCUGUGGGUGGUGUGGCCAACGGCUACCAGCUGACCGGCGGCAUCUACGACCAUGUCUCCCGCUUGCAAUUCGACUCUGGUGAGACUCUCCACGUGAACCAGACUUUCGAGGGCCUUAACUACUGGGACCAGCUGUCCGUCAAGAUUGAGCUGUACGGCGAUGUGCCUUCGGUGCCCGCCAACGCUGUCCUUCACCUUCCCGACUAUGUGGAUGAGUACCGCUUCGUGCGUCCCGGGGAGCUGCAGUCGGUUCAGUCGCAUCAGCUAGAGGUCACAGAGGAGCAGCGCGUCCUAGGCGUGCAAGUGGACCAGCGCAUCCUGUACAACAGCUGCCUAAGAGACGAUGAGCCCGACCCGACCGAAACCACCGUGCUGCAGAAGAUCUCCAAGGUGACCCUGGACUUUGUGGAACGCGACCAGGCGCUGCGCAUCAGUGCCGUAAGCAAAGUGGGCGUCACUGCCGAGUCCAAUGCCUGCACGGAUGGAACCGCCGAGUGCGGGGAGAACUCUGUGUGCGUUCCCGACGAAGAUACUUAUCGCUGCGACUGCCACCAUGGCUAUGCCGCCCAGGUGGACGAGCGUGGACUGCAGGUUUGUGUGGACAUUGACGAGUGCGCCGCGGGCACCCAUGUCUGUGACGAGAAUGCCAUUUGCGAGAACACGGAGGGCGGUUUCAGCUGCUACUGCUCCGAGGGAUUCCAGGGCAAUGGCUAUCGCUGUCUGUCCAACUCCACUGCCGACAACAUUGAGUACUCCACGCCGGCAGGCCAGGCGCAAGGGGAGUAUACUCCUGAGCCCAAUCCUUAUCCCGAACAAGAACAGGAGCAGGGCCAAGAUCAGGAUCAGGGUCGCGAGCAGCAGCCCCAGCCAGAUCCUUAUCCAUAUCCCGGACAGAAUGAGCAGGUGCCCCAACAUCCCGACGAGUGCUAUCGCUGCUCUAAGGACGCCAACUGCCUCGAAGGUCGCUGUACCUGCCGUGAUGGCUUCUCCGGCGAUGGCUACCAGUGCACCAACAUCUGCGGAAACGGCGAGGUCUGGGAGGACGGUCGCUGUGAGCCCCUGCUGCUGGACAGGCAUGACGUGGAGCCGUCUUGCGAUUUCUUCGGCGAGUGCAGCUGCCCCGAUGGAUAUGAACUAUCCGAGGAUGGUCAGCGUUGCAUCUACGCCCACAACUUGGACUCGCACGAGAUGAAUGUUGAUCUGAUUCCCUGCGACGUGGAUGCCAACUGCCACAUCAAUGCCACCUGUGUCUGGUAUGACCAGGAGCUGCGCCACAUUUGCACCUGCAAGACCGGCUUCAGAGGCGAUGGCUACAACUGCGAACUCAUCGAUGACUCCUGCGCGAUUAAACCGGAUAUUUGCGACGUCCACGCCUCCUGCCAAUACAACGAACAGCUGGGCAAGUCCGAGUGCCAGUGCGUGCGCGGCUAUGAGGGCGACGGCUUCCGCUGCCAGCUGGCCCCCGAGUGCCAAGCCGCCGAGCAUUGCGGCGAGAAUGCCUUCUGUGACGAUGGAGUCUGCCAGUGCCAGCAGGACUACGAAAGGGAUAUCAGUGACCGCUGUGUGCCGGCCGGGCGCUGCGGCAAUGUCUUCUGUGGCUCCAAUGCCAUCUGCAAGUGGGAUUCGGUUCAGAGUCUUCAGUUCUGCGACUGCCUCGAGGGUUACCAGGGAGAUGCUCUCCAAGGAUGCACCAGCAAGCCUUUGUCCUGCCAUGUUUCCAACAACUGCGGCAUCCAUGCCACCUGCGAGCCCACCGAGGAUCCUGCCAACUACGAGUGCCAGUGCAUCGCCGGCUUCCAUGGUGAUGGCUAUGUUUGCAUCGAGGAGCAGAACUGCCUGAACAACCCCACUCUGUGCGACAUGAAUGCCCAGUGCCGCUCGACCAACUCCGGUCUGGUCUGCGUUUGCAAUCAGGGUUUCUAUGGCAAUGGCUCUGUGUGCCAGGAGCGUCAGCAGCACGAAUCAGACUUCUUGAUCGUCAGCCAGGGCGUGGUGAUCGUGAGGGUUCCCCUGAACGGACGCAAUGUCUUACCCAUUUCGGUGGCCCAGAUGGCCAUUGGCCUGGACAAGGACUGUGUGGAGGGUCGUGUCUACUGGGGCGACAUCUCAGCUAAGAAGAUUGUGAGCGCCAAGUACGAUGGAACUGAUGCCCGUCCCUUCAUCACCACUGAUAUUGAAUCGCCCGAGGGCAUUGCCAUUGAUGUGAUCUCCCGCCGCCUGUACUGGACGGACUCGGUGAAGGACACCAUCGAGGUGGCUAGCCUGGAUGAUCCCACGUUGAGGGCAGUGAUUAUCAACAAGCAGCUGGUGAAUCCCCGUGGUAUUGCCGUGGAUCCCUACAGGGAAAAACUCUUCUGGUCGGACUGGGACCGUUCUGCACCCAAGAUCGAGAUGUCCAAUUUGGAUGGCACUGGUCGGGAGCUGCUGCUGGGCAAGGAGUCUGUGAAUCUGCCCAACUCCCUGGUGGUGCUCGAUAACUCUGGCGAGUUGUGCUUCGCAGAUGCUGGCACCAAGAAGGUUGAGUGCAUUCAGCCGCAGAACCGCCAGCUGCGUCCCAUCUCCAAUGAGCUGUCUUACCCCUUCGGCCUGACUUUCACGCACGAUCAGUUUUACUGGACGGAUUGGACCACCAAAAAACUGGAGAGCGUGGACAGCCAGGGCACGCGCCAGAAGGCCAUCCAGACUCCUUUCUUCGGCAGUCACAAGAUGUACGGCAUGACAGCCGUGGAGCAGCAGUGCCCGCAGUACCAGAGCCCCUGCCAGAUCAACAACGGCGGCUGCACGGACUCCCGGCUGUGUCUGGUGAAUCGCCAGGCUCCGUCCGGCAAGAGCUGCAAGUGCACCAGUGCCUCGACGGGUUGCACUCUGCCAUCGCCCUAUCCCAACUAUUAAUUUUAUCUUUAAUGCAAACUUAAACAAGAAAGGAAGCUAACUUCGGCACGCCGAAGUUUGUAUACCCUUGCAGAUUGGUUUUGAUGUUUAUUUUAUAGAUUUAA